GUUGGAAGAGAAAAAGGAAUGCUAGGCUGCAAACCAAACGCGUCCUAAACCCAUUCAUUGUAUUGGUGCGACGAAUAUGGCUUCAGCUCUCGAAGGGAUGAUGAUUGUGAUUAUGGGUGUCAGUGGUGCUGGGAAAUCAACUAUAGGUGAGAUGCUGGCCAAAGAGACAAACUGUAGCUUUAUUGAUGCUGAUGAUUUCCACCCACAAGCAAACAAAGAAAAGAUGAGUAAAGGGAUCCCUCUUUCAGAGGAAGAUCGAAUUCCUUGGCUUGAAACACUUCGGAAUGCCUUAAGAGAGAACUUGGUCAGUGGAAGUACUGUACUUCUUGGUUGUUCAGCUCUGCAGAAGCGGUACCGAGACAUUUUAAGAUCUGCAGACCCUAACUAUGAACCUGGAAGUUAUGCCAGUCUGGUGAAGUUCAUCUUGUUAGACACUAAGGCACAUGUGCUGGCUGCUCGAUUAGAGAAGAGAGUAGCAGAAGGAAAGCACUUCAUGUCACCCGAACUUUUGCAGUCUCAGUUAGACUUGCUUCAGAUUGAUGAUUCUGAAGGGAUACUUAAAGUUGAUGCUAACCUAACUCCACAAGACAUAGUAAACGCUAUCCAAAGAUUGUUUUUUGGUUCAAAAGUCGUCCAAGAAUGUAACCAUUAGGCCAGUUUAGUGAAAGCGUAGCAGGGAAGUGUGGAUCUUCUUUCCUGUUUGACCUCACAAACAUGGUUUUGAUUUCUGAAAACAUAUUGGUGGAAGUAAUUUAAAGGACUUUUAAGCCUUA